AUGGCCAUGGCUAGCGUGAAGGAUGGCCAGGAGGGCAUCUUUAAGGUGGUGCACGAGCGGGUGGCUGUGCGUGCGGGGCCUUCGGUGAAGGCUUUGCCCUUGAAGGUGCUGCAGAGAGGCGCGCAGCUGCGGGGGACCGUGCAGUGCAACGGAGACCCCUGGCUGCGGCUCAGCAUCGCAUCCAUCAAGGAGCAUAAGCUCGCAUUGCAGAAGGACGAGACGGCCUACGUGCUGAUAGACGGCGCUUCCGUGGGUUUGGGCCAGCUCCUGCGCCCGGUGGCUGCGAAGGUGGAGGUGGCAGCUCGACCACCUGCAGCAGAGCAGACAGGUGCCACGGGCGAGUUCAUCGUUGUGCACACCAAGGUGGUUGUGCGCUGUGCCCCCAGCACCGACGCAAGAUUGCUGGGCGGCAGACUGAAAGGCGCCCUCGUCUCCGCCACGCCGUGUGACAUCGAGCGCCAGCCGUGGCUACAGCUGGCGGAUGGCGAAGGCUGGAUGCUGGCGGACGGGGCCGCGCUGGGCCUCGGCCGGCUGCUGGAGCCGGUGGCUGACCCACUGGAUCUGCUGGCCUGGGCAAGGCAGCAGCAGUUGACUUCGGCCGGGGCGUCGGUGACCUGGACAGAGCGCACAGAGCCCGCGCUGCAGCACUUGGAAGCGGAGGCCAUGCGCCAGGUUUCUGAGCUCAACCACGCUUGCGAGUGUGCUGCCGUGCGGAACAUCCUCAUAGAUUCGGGCUUCCUCCAGCCGGAGGACGCCACGCUGGGGGCGCAGGGCAUGGCCUCCGCGGUGCUGCGGCAGCUGCUGCGGCGGAGGGCCGGGGAGCUGGUGCUGGGCGAGGAGCUGGGAGGCCUUUGGGGAGUCAAGGCGUUCGAAGACUACUUGCAGCAGAAAGUCUUGCCGAUCGCUCCCUACUAUUGCCGGCUUGUGCUACCAGAGGGGCCGCCCGCGCGGCUGUUGGUGUUGUGCCACGGUGGCUUUGUACGCGGGGAUGACCUCCAGGGUGAGGCCCUUGCACUGCGCAGCAUGCUGCCGGGGCUUGCCAUCGCAUUGCCGGAGGCGCCCAACCUUGUGGAAGGCGAGCUUCGUGUUUGGUGGCCUUUGGAGGGCAAGGAGCCGCUGAGGGCGCCCGCGGCGGCGCUGUCGCGGCUCCAGGCGACGGUGGAGUGGCUCCAAGGUCGCUUCCAAGGUCUUCCCAUGGCAAUAGGAGGCUUUAGCCAGGGUGCCAUGCUGGUGGCACAGGGCCUGACGCGCCUGCGUGAGCCCCCGCCCAAGGGUGCCAUCUUCCUGAGCGGCUUGGCCGUGACCUUCCAGGCCGCUGAUGUGCCCUGCCUGGCAUUGCACGGGGACUGCGACGAUCGCGUGCGGCUGGCAGAUGCCAAACUGGUGCAGAGCAAGACGCAUAUUCCGCUGGAAGUCUUCCCCGGGCUGGGGCACGAGAUCUCGGAUGCAGUGCUCGACCGGGUGGCGGCCUUUUGCGAGGAGAAGUGCUGCCUGUGCCGGAAAGAGCCAUCGUCGUUGCCAAGGAGACGCCGGUCUUGCUGCAGGAGGCGCGGCAGGCAAAGCUGCUGCGGUGGGUGA